CGUUGUUCACUCUUUGGGGAACACCAAGAGAAGCUGAGGUAGCUAGGCGUUUCGCCAUAUUCUUGAGAAAAUAAGUCAAGAAAAUGGCCAGAGAGUGGCUGUAAAACAGCAUCUGCGAGAUUGUAAACCAUCGCAAAGCAGGGAGGCAGUGCGAAAAAUCCUGUCAUGGGAGAAACAAUAAUUCCCAACUCACCCUCGAGGGACCAUCCCGCUAUUCGACUUUUGUGCGUGGCGCUUUUGGCCUUGACCUUUAAUCAAGUUCCCCAAGUCAAAGGUCAAGAUCCUGUUAUUCUGUCGAAUAAUAACGGAAAUUUUACAUACUAUGGGAACUACACAAGUACAGAUGUUGCUGCCGUGGAGGACGUCUGUGGCAAAAACAUCUCAUGGGUGGACAUCGGAGAGCAGGAGUUUAUGGGCACACCACAGUCAGUCCCCUUCAAGCCUGCCAAGAUCAAUAUCCUUAAUUUCCCUUACCCGAGCUCCGACCCGGAAAACUUCGAAGAGGAAGGCCAGUACAAUAUCACAGUGGUCUUGAAGGACCCUAGGGCCAAAGACUUCGUUGGCUACUACAUGACCGUAGAGAAUGAGGAAGGCGUGGGGGAAGAUCGCUCUCCUUUGUUCUGCCCUUUCAGAUCUUACGUGGCCCCAAUCAACACUAGCUGUUUCACACAAUACAACGAUGGCGACGACUUCUUGUUCGUGACCUGCUACACCUGUUAUGGCCUGCCCUAUAUAGAGUGUAGAGCCAACGGCACCUUGUUUGACUUCGCCCCGGCCCCUGCUAAAUGCAAGAAGAAAGUAGUCGACACUGGAGCUCUGAGCGAAUUCAAGAUGGAGUCUAUGUACCCGAGCGCAUGCGCAGGCAUCAUAAAGAUCAGCGCCCUCGAGGGGCCAGAAAUCCUACUCCAGAUCAGACCGGGAAAACCCGUUCCGGAAGAUGUGGCACCGUGGAAGGAUUUCGUUACUACUAUCACUGUUCCAGAGGUCAGGUUCGCCAAAUCGUGUCUUAAACGGAGCUCCUACACCAAAUCUGGAGACGUGUUUCAGGCCCAGUGUCUGUGUUAUAUUUCGAUGAUAAAAGGAAAACAUUCAGCUGCCAGGGUUUUGGAGCUGUCACUCAGAAGUUGCCAGAUUUUGUUGUUCCGAACAUCGAAGUUCUGAAUUUGCCAUAUGACGAUGCCCCCGUUGUGAGCCUGGUAGAAGGAACGUGCAAGAAGACCACAACGCCUGGUGAAGUGUCCCAGUGUGUCUGUCGGCUGGACCAACCUGGAAACCCGCCCGGGAUCCCCACCUGGUUCAAUCCUGUCGGAAUCCGACUGAUCACAGGCAGUGAUAAAGCUGACGACUCGUCCAGUAUUGACGUCUCGGAGAAUGAGUCGACCCAGUCCAAACUUGUUUUUAUCACGAAGGCUGAAUCUGCGGACACGCGCGUGUUCACCUGUAGGGCUGUUACAGACUCUGAUACCACAGCACCCAGCAACAUCAUCAAAUACUCCGUGAAGAAAAUCAAUUCCCCGCUCUACG